GGCCUCGCCUUCUGCCUCUUCUACCUGGCGUCCUGCUUCACCAACAAGUAUGUCCUGUCUGUCCUGAAAUUUACCUACCCUACCCUUUUUCAAGGGUGGCAGACAUUAGUGGGUGGACUUCUGCUUCAUAUCUCCUGGAAGCUGGGCUGGGUGGAGAUAAACUUGUGUUCAAGGUCUGAAAUUCUGUCAUGGCUUCCUGCUUCAGUGCUGUUUGUUGGCAUUAUUUAUGCUGGCUCUAGGGCACUUUCUAGAUUGCCAAUCCCAGUGUUCCUCACCGUGCACAACGCGGCAGAAGUUAUAACCUGUGGGUUCCAGAAGUUUGUGCAGAAAGAGCAGACCUCUCAUCUGAAAGUCUGUAGUGUGCUGUUCCUCCUGGUAGCAGCAGUGUGCCUUCCUUUAUGUGACACACAGUUUGAUCCAAACGGUUAUUUAUGGGCUGUGAUUCACUCAAUCUGUGUUGGGGCUUACAAAGUGUUUCACAAGUUAUGGAAACCUAGCUCUUUAAGUGAUCUGGACCAACAGUACAUCAACUAUGUAUUCAGUGUGGUGCUGUUGGCCUCUGCAUCCCAUCCAGCAGGUGAUCUCUUCAGUGCCUUGGACUUUCCGUUCCUGUAUUUCUACAGGUUUCAUAGCAGCUGCUGCGCCAGUGGACUGUUGGGAUUCUUUCUGAUGUUACACACAGUGAAGCUAAAAAGCAGCACAACCUCAGGGCAAUACGCAGCAUGGACUUUCCUUGCAAAGGUAAGAGACUCUCGCAGGAGCACGGUGAAUCUGUGCUUCUCCCAGGAGAACUGA